AGGCUAGUCAGCUAGUUGAUUAGCUGCGGUGCAAGCUGCAACUUUCAUCCGCCUUGUUGUUCGCCUUUGUGGGGGGAAAUCGGAAACUUUACUCCGGGGAUUCGGCCUGGAACAAUAACCGGAGGACUGAGGGAGUCAGGCCAUUAAAAAGCUCAAAAUGUCGAUUCUGGGUCUUAAAAAGAAACAACCCAAGACUUUUAAAGUCAAAGUCAUCACCAUGGAUGCAGAGAUGGAGUUCAGCUGUGAGGUAAAAUGGAAAGGGAAAGACUUGUUUGAUCUGGUGUGCCGAACUAUUGGACUGAGGGAAACUUGGUUCUUUGGCCUCCGCUACACUGUGAAAGACACAUAUGCUUGGCUUAAGCCUGAUAAACGGGUUUUGGAUCAAGAUGUACCAACGGACUCUCCUAUAACGUUUCACUUUCUUGCUAAAUUCUUUCCUGAAAAAGUCGAGGACGAACUUGUUCAGGAAAUCACACAGCACCUUUUCUUCUUACAAGUAAAGAAACAAAUAUUAGAUGAGGAGAUAUUUUGCUCUCCAGAGGCCUCGGUCCUUCUGGCGUCAUAUGCUGUUCAAGCCAAGUAUGGGGAUUAUGACCCAAACUUCCACAAGCCAGGCUUCUUGGCCCAAGAUGAACUCUUGCCUAAAAGGGUCCUGAUGCAGUAUCAGAUGACACCAGAGAUGUGGGAAGAGAAAAUCACAGCUUGGUAUGCUGAACAUAGAAAUAUAGCAAGGGAUGAAGCUGAGAUGGAGUAUCUGAAAAUAGCACAGGAUCUCGACAUGUAUGGCGUUAGCUAUUUUUCAAUCACACAAAAUAAGAGAGACAAGGAGCUCCUGCUUGGCGUCGAUGCACAGGGACUUCAUAUCUACAGCCCCAAUAGCAAACUGAAUCCCCAGAAGUCCUUCCCCUGGAGUGGUAUCCGCAACAUCUCCUACAGUGAGAAAGAGUUUACUAUUAAGCCAUUGGACAAAAAGAAGGAUGUCUUUAAAUUCUAUUCUUCACAACUCAGAGUGAAUAAGUUGAUCUUACAGCUGUGUAUUGGGAACCAUGACCUCUUCAUGAGGCGGAGGAAGGUGGACUCCAUUGAAGUGCAGCAGAUGAAGGCUCAGGCCAAAGAAGAGAAGGCUAGGAAAAAGAUGGAACGUCAGAUUCUAGCGCGGGAGAAGCAGCUGAGGGAGGACGCAGAGCGAGCUAAGGAGGAGAUGGAGCGCCGACUAUUUCAGCUUCAGGACGAGGCUCGUAUGGCUAAUGAAGCUCUGCUGCGCUCUGAGGAGACGGCUGACUUGCUGGCAGAGAAGGCCCAGAUUGCUGAGGAGGAGGCAAAGCUGCUGGCUCACAAAGCAGCCGAAGCAGAGCAGGAGAGACAGAGGCUGGAGGUCACGGCCCUCAAGACCAAAGAGGAGCACAGGCUAAUGGAGCAGAAGAUGAGGGAGGCGGAGCAGCUAGCUGUAAAACUGGUGGAGCAGUCAGAGAGGAGGUUAAAGGAGGCUGACCAUCUAAAGCAGGAUCUGAGCGAGGCCAAAGACGCAGAACGCAGAGCCAAGCAGAAGCUGCUGGAGAUCACCAAAACAACAUACCCAUUGAUAGCUGCAUAUCCCAGUCCUCCACCCCCGCCCGGCCCUGAGAGUACAGAGAUGCAGCUGGGCAUGGCUGCCUCAUACCGACUGGACUUCAAAGACUCGGACAUGAAGAGACUGUCCAUGGAGAUCGAACGUGAACGGCUAGAGUACAUGGAGAAGAGCAAGCACCUCCAGGAUCAGCUGAAAGAGCUGAAGUCAGAGAUCGAGUCUCUGAAGCUAGAGGAGCAGCAGCAGCAGGCAGGACUUUACAGCCUGAGGGGCUACGCCGAGCCACCCUACAUCCCCCACAGCAACAGGAACUCGGCCUACAUGACUCAGAUGGCUUUCUACGAGGAGGUGUGAAUAGACAGAAAUCCGACACGGAGGACGGAGGUGAAGAAAUCAUCACUAUAGUGUGCGACACUCAUCAGGGAAUGUACAAUAUCAAGCACGCACUCCUGCACAAAACGCUUUGGGAAAAAGUGCUUUUAAAUCAUUUUACUGACAGGUUUAGAAUCACAAACUAAAAGUGCUAUGCACAGAACACCGGUUUUACUGUAGUAGUUAAUGGGAUGUCCUUUCAAGCAAUUAUUUAAUUUUUGCAAUGCCAAAAUGCCUUUUUUUUUCUUAUUGAAACAAUGUCCUGAAAUUAGUUUUUGCUGGAAAAAAAAAAAAAAACAGAUUUUUCUUUCCUUAUAUUUCACUAAGGUACAGUACACCUGCUAAAUUCAAGUGUAUCUAAUGUGCAACUGCUUGUCACCAUUAGCCUUUUCAUUUUAAAAAAAUUUCAUUGGUACCACAUUUCUUAUUGUAUUUCAGCUGAAAAGAAGCUGACCUCUUGCACUAGUGCCUUUUUAGCAUGCAUGGCUUAAGUCAGGUUUACGUAGUGUUUGUUACUAAUACGGGGUAAAUUGAGAAGCAUGUUCCCAGUAUAACACUGCACAGCAAGUCUAACAGUCCUGAUGCAUUACCAUUCUGGCAGCUCGGUUUCCGCUUUACUGCUUACCCACUUCGCUCAGAGGACCUGCCUGGCACUCUACACUUUCUUCAUCUAUGGUAAAAGAUUUGGCAAUACACCCAAGCUGCUGCUGCAGUCCUGUUUUUUCAAAUGUCCUCGAACAUUUAUGGCUUUAUUUUCACUUUUGCUGUUGCGGAUAAGACUAAUCUGACAGAACCAACCCUUAUCUUAUAGUCUGGAAAAGUUCUAUAGACUAUAAGUCAUUUCUUUUUGCACUCUAGCAGGUGUUGCAACUUGUAAAGCGAAGUGAAGUGAAACAGCUGUUCAGUAAGGAAUAAAAUACAACAGGGAGUGCUGUUAUAGGAAAAUAUUCAAUGAAGGAACAACUGUUCCUCUUAUACCACAGCAAUUUUCCAAUUUACAAUUUUAAAAAUUACAAUGUUUAUUUCUUAAUGAAAGGAAAGUCAUGCUUUUUAUCUGUUUAUAGUAACCUUUAAUUUUGGGGAACAUCCGUGAAACAAGUUAGUUCCUGUGGUCGCUUACAUUAUAGCAGCUAUAAACACACGCAGCUUUUCCACACCGUUCUCUCCUUUUUGUAAUAAGACAUGUUGCCAUGUUACCAAGAAAAUGUAAAGCGCAAACUCCUCUGUCCUGAAGACACUCCCAUGUCAGAAAACAUAAAGCUCAGGCUUUACCUGACAGAUACAGAGCACCAUGAACGUUAAAUAAACAUCUCCACACACAAACUUCACCAUAAUCAACAAUUACACGUUUUUAAAUCUGAUUAUGUGAUCUGCCAUGUAAGUCAUUGUGUAAGUUGUUACUAUAGAAAGAAUAGCAUAUUUAUAAGAAUGUUAACGACUGAAAUUCUUCAGGACUGACAGAGGGAUUAACAUCAGGACUGCAGCAAAGGCAAUACUGAACUAAAGAAACACUAACAAGACAAAAACUAAACUACACUCUACUAUAAAGGCCAAUUUUACUUCUUUUUAGAGGUAGUGCCUCUAAAAUAGCAUUAUGUAAAACAUUCAGGUGUGCUUGUGGAUGAUUGAAAUGAACCAUUUCAUUUUAUAGUAUUUAAAUCAGCUGCACCACUCAUUCAUCUUUAAAUGAAUGAAAUUCAUCUUGGUUAUCUUCAGGAAGACUGAGUGUUUAGUGACAGAGCAAAACACUACCUUUUCUUUUCUUCGCUAUGUUUUUCCCCCAUUGUCAGUGAUGCAAAUAUUCUUAUACAUUUCUCGUGUUGUGCUAAAAAAAAAACAGGCCAUUGUUAAUUUCAAAUUAUUUAUACGUAAACCCAAUAUCAUAAUUUUUUUUUUUUUUUUUUACAAGUGUUUGCUGUUUCUGGUUUCUCCAUUUCAGAAUGUUGGUGGCUUAUGCAAUUUGUUUUUGCAAUUCUUCUUCUUUUUUUUUUUUUUUUUUUUUUUUUUGGUGUUUCUUGGUGUCUUCCUGGUCGGUAUGAAACUGCAUGAUUAUAUGAUUUGAAUUUGGAAUAUCCAAAUUCCCAGUCAUUGAUUAUAGUGGCAGAAAAUGUUUGGGCAAUAAGCUUAACGAUUUUCAAAGGAUUCAAGCUGCUUUGAAUUUGGAAAUUGGACAAUUCUCUAUUAACACACUACCUUUGUAGCACAUAAUCAUAAUGUUAUAGUGCUUAGUGAGAAACAUUCCUUUGUUCCUAAUACAUAAUCAUAUGCACAGAAGGCAAUUAUUCAUGUUUUAAUGAAACCUGCCCAUUUUUGCCCAUGUAUCAAACACUAAUUUAUCAUUUUCCUUUUGUUAACUACAGCUCAUAAGUGCCUUAUGUGUUUUGUGGAAGAUUUUUUUUUUAAAACGUUUUAAAAUGUUUAUACGGAUUCAGUGCUACAUGUAAGUCUUUAUUGAGUUGCAGUAUUAUAGCCUUUGUUUUGAAUCUGCCACAGUUUACAAUUUGUUACAGUUUUAAUUAGAUGCUUUUAUCCAAAGUGAUUUACAAGUGAGGCAGAAUUCAGCUGAAGGCUGCAGCUGGGCAGAGUCAGACAGCAGCAGUCUGGCAGUGCUAGCACAAGGGCUUCGUCACUGAGCUGUUACACAUACUGACACCUCUUAUGUGUAGUGAAUUGAAAACUAAUUCACAAAUAAAAAGAUGACUUUUUACAA